CUGAAAGAAUGCAGUCAGUAAGUAAUUUUGUCCGCUAGGUGGCGACGUUCAGACACAAUGCGAGAGGGCGCUAAUGGCGGCCCACGGUGCCACAGUAGUAAACACAUCCCGUUUGUGUGGUUGUAAAGGCAUUAGAAGCUGCCUCCUGUGUGAACAGGGACAAACCGAGGCCAAAGAAUCCCGGGCUGUGCACCAUUUUAUCUAUGACGCUGAAGAGAAGUGUGCAGUGAGCAAAGAUGGAGAUGCCAGCUGGUUUGCACUUCCUGGAGUACUCCUGUGGGAGGACUUUAUAUCAGCAGAGGAGGAGGCAGAGCUUGUCUCACAUAUGGACCAGAGCACAUGGAACCUGUCUCAGUCUGGCCGCAGGAAGCAGGACUUUGGGCCCAAGGUGAACUUUAAGAAGAAGAAGGUGCGUGUGGGCCAUUUCACUGGGCUACCCGCACAAAGCUGCAAACUGGUGGAGCGGAUGCACCAGGAGCAGUCAUUAAAGGACUUUUCACCUGUGGAGCAGUGUAACCUUGACUACAGUCCUGAGCGCGGGGCACACAUAGAUCCUCACCUGGAUGACACAUGGCUGUGGGGAGAGCGCCUUGUCACUGUGAACAUGCUGUCAGACACCACCCUCACUCUGUCCCUCCAGCAGGGGGAGGCAGAGCUCCACGUGGCUGUGCCUCUGCCCCGCAGGUCUUUGUUGGUCCUGUCCGGUCCAGUCCGACACACCUGGAAACACGCCAUCCUCCGAGCACACAUCAGUCAGCGCCGUGUGUGCAGCACCUUCAGAGAACUGUCUGCAGAGUUCCUGCCCGGGGGAGCUCAGGCUGAGUUGGGCUCACAGCUACUCCGCACAGCACUCACUUUCACUGGAGUCCCACUAUAGCACAUGGACUAUAAUUUGUC